AUGGGGAAGCCAACUUCCUCGCAGCCCAAAACUCAAAAGUCGAUAUCAAGUUUCUUCACUCCGAAACCUGCGUCAAGCUCCGCGCCCUCCCAGCGCUCACAGCCGUCACAAGAACCGCCACCCGUCCAAAAAGAGACCAAUCUCUACCAUGCCGAAAGCGACGAGGAACCUGUGCGGCCAGCUACUAAUAGUGUGCCAAAGAGAGCAUUGACAGAGGACUUGAGCGGCGGAAAUACUGGCCUUGUCGAAAGACCAGCAAAGAGAGUGAGAGGUGACGACGAGAUUGGGAGCAGUGGUUUCUUCGCCGAGCGAGAGCCACCAAGACCCAACCCUACACCUUCGAAAUCGAAGAUCUCUCCGCGGACUGAAAAAUAUCUGUACAGUUCAUCCGCGCAAGCCCCAUCGAGUGUACCUAUCCCGGACGAAGAAGAGGAAGAUGAUGCCGAGAAAGCUAGGAAAGCAGAGCUGCACAAGAAAUGGGUGAAACGGAUGGGUGGCGCCACAAUUGGUCGGCGUUGGGUCAGUGAGGAGACACCUGCGGAGGAUGGAGACGAAGAUGAUGAGGAUGAGGAGGAAGAGGCACGGCCUGCGAAGAAGGCGCCGAGGAAGGGAGCGAAAACCGGGAAGUUGACUCCCAUGGAGCUGCAAGUCCUGGAUAUUAAGAGGAAACACAUGGAUACAUUGUUGAUCAUCGAAGUGGGAUACAAAUUCAGGUUCUUUGGGGACGAUGCGAGAGUUGCUGCAAAGGAAUUGGGCAUUGUGUGUAUACCUGGCAGGUUCAGAUAUGAUGAGCAUCCUUCAGAGGCACACCUCAAGAAAUUUGCGUCGGCGAGCUUCCCAGUCCAUCGGUUACCAGUACACACGAAGCGGCUCGUUGGCGCUGGUCACAAGGUCGGCAUAGUUCGACAAAUUGAGACAGCCGCUCUGAAGAAAGCUGGAGAUAAUCGAAAUACCCCUUUUAUAAGAAAACUUACCAAUGUUUACACAAAGGGCACAUAUGUGGACGAUAUAGAGGGACUCGGCCAAACUGAUUCUCCAGCUGGGGGCGCUCCUGCAACUGGCUACCUACUCUGCAUCACGGAGGCAAAAGCUAAAGGAUGGGGAACCGAUGAGAAGGUGGAUGUUGGAAUUCUGGCAGUUCAACCAGCCACUGGAGACAUCAUCUACGAUACAUUUGAAGAUGGCUUUAUGAGGAGUGAAAUCGAAACCCGAUUACUACACAUCGCACCCUGCGAGUUCUUGAUCGUGGGAGAUCUAACGAAAGCCACCGACAAGAUGGUGCAACAUCUAUCGGGAAGCACAUUGAACGUCUUUGGGGAUACUAUUCGGGUUGAACGAGUUGGCAAGGGCAAGACUAUGGCCGCUGAAGCAUACUCUCAUGUUGCUCAAUUCUACGCUGACAAGCUGAAGGCUCAGAAGGACUCUGGAAACGAAAGGGAACAGGCACUUCUCGAUAAAGUACUCAAGCUACCCGAAGAAGCCACAAUUUGUUUGUCUGCAAUGAUUACUCACAUGACUGAGUAUGGACUGGAGCACGUCUUCGACUUGACUACAUACUUCCAGUCGUUCAGCGCUCGAUCGCACAUGUUACUGAACGGCAACACUUUGACCAGCCUGGAGAUUUACCAGAAUCAGACAGACCACACUGAGAAAGGCAGCUUGUUCUGGACGCUGGACAAGACUCAAACUCGGUUCGGGCAGAGAUUACUUCGGAAAUGGGUCGGCAGACCACUUCUCGAUCAAACUCGACUUGAAGAGCGGGUUGCUGCGGUAGAAGAACUGAAAGAUGGCCAUCAGACUCUCAAAGUGGACAAGCUUCAAGCUCUCCUCAGGAAUAUCAAGUUUGAUUUGGAAAGAAGUCUGAUACGAAUCUAUUACGGAAAAUGCACACGGCCAGAACUCCUGACAGCUCUUCAAACACUGCAAAGAAUCGCCAACGAGUAUGGAAAUGUCAAGACCCCAUCAGAUGCGGGCUUCGCUUCCCCUCUCAUCAAUGAAGCAAUUGCCACUCUCCCUACAAUCGGCGACACUGUGAUCUCCUUCCUCGACCAGAUCAACGCCGAAGCUGCCAGGACGGAUGACAAAUACGCCUUCUUCCGCGAAGACCACGAGACAGAAGACAUAACAGACAGCAAACUCGGCAUCGCAGCCGUGGAGCAAGAGCUCUCUGAACAUCGCUCUGUGGCUGCCCAAGUCCUCAAGAAGAAUAAGCCCGUGACAUAUGUCACCGUGGCUGGGAUAGAAUACCUCGUCGAGGUCCUCCCUUCCGACCUCAAGCACGUCCCAGCCAGCUGGACGAAAGUCUCCGGCACGAAGAAACUCUCAAGAUUCCACACUCCCGAAGUCGUCAAGAUGCUCCGCGAGCGAGACCAACACAAGGAGUCUCUCUCCGCCGCCUGCGACACCGCAUUCAAAUCCUACCUUUCCGCGCUCUCAACCUACUAUGCACCCCUCCGCGACGCAAUCGCCUCCCUCAGCACGCUCGACUGCCUUCUCUCCCUCUCCCUCGUGGCUCUCCUCCCCGGCUACACAAAACCCACCUUCGUCCCCACAACCGAAAUCUCAGUGAUCGGUGGCCGCCACCCUAUGGUCGAAGCCCUGCUCCCAACCUACAUCCCCAACAACACCACGCUCUCCACCGCCCCAGGCAGCACCCGCGCCCUGUUAAUUACAGGCCCCAACAUGGGCGGCAAGUCCUCAUAUGUCAGGCAGACGGCACUAAUCUGCAUCCUCGCACAAAUCGGCUCCUUCGUGCCCGCCGACUCUGCACGCCUGGGGCUCCUGGACUCAAUACACACGCGCAUGGGCGCCUUCGACAGCCUGUUCACAAAUCAAAGUACAUUCAUGGUCGAGCUUUCCGAGACAGCGGCGAUACUGAAGACGGCGACAGAACGGUCAUUGGUGAUCCUCGAUGAGCUGGGCAGAGGCACGAGCACGCACGAUGGGGUGGCGAUUGCGGGGAGUGUGUUGGAUUGGGUUGUGCGGGAGACGAAGUGUCUUUGCUUGUUUAUCACGCAUUACCAGGCGCUGGCCGGGGUUGCGAGGGGGUUUGCGGAGAGGAAGGAGUUGCGGAAUGUGCACAUGAAGUUUACGGCGACGAGGGCUUCGGACUCGGGCAGGAUUUCGGAUAUCGAGGACGAGGAUCUGGAGAUGGCAACUGAUGGUGACGAAGAGAUCACUUUCCUCUAUGAGGUGGGCGAAGGAGUUGCUCAUCGCUCAUAUGGGUUGAAUGUCGCCCGACUUGCACAUGUUCCGAAGUCUGUCAUCGGGACGGCCGCUUUCAAGUCACGGGAAAUGGAGCAGAGCAUGAGGCAGAAGAAGGUUUUUGCAUUAUCAAGUAUGAUGGUCGAUGUGCUAUCUGAAAAGAGUGGCGCCGAUGAGAAGCUUGAGCAGCUCAUAGUCGGCAUCGACGAGCUAUGA